UUUCCAUUGAUCUUACAUGCUUGACUUCAUAUUGGUCGUCGUCGAAGACCUGAAGUCUUCAACACAACAAACUCUUUCAAUUGCCUUUGGAAAGUGUGAUCAGCGUAUAAUUAGUUCCAAAGUUCCAACUCUUUCAUUAGGAAGCCUGAUUCAGCUACCAUCCAAGUAGAAGCCAAUCCUUCUUCCAUCUAUAUAUUUCCUGGGAGAAUUAGUGAAGUACCCAUAGCUAGUGGUAACCCUGGUAGUCGAUCUGUAGCUGCAAGUUCGGAGCAUCGAUCCAUCACACACAAGUUUAAUUCGGAUGGCUACUUCGAGUUCCACAAAUGAAGUAAUACAAGAUGAAAUAACUGUAAACCAAGCUGCAGAGGACCUCGAGGCUACAGGGGACGGACGAAUGGAUCUAAAAUUAUACAGGUAUGUAACCACUGGUAAAGUAGACCAAAAAAGUGAUUUCCGGGCAAUAAUUACGGUCCCCUUCUGUAAUCUUUUUUCCGUCUUUAGACAAAGAGUAGAGGUCAUGAUCUACCAAAAAAUCUUGGGCUUUUACGAAUGGCUUCUCCAUAUGUAUACAACCUACUGUUAUUCCGGCUUCGGCAUUCCCUCUGAAGUAGAAUUACUGUUACAAAUAAAUGGAGACAAAGUAAGCCCUGGCCGGAAUACAGUGCUUCACCUUGCGGCAAGUGUAGGCAAUACCCAUCUCGUCACACAGAUACUGGAUCGUUUUCCGAGCCUUGUCACAGAAAACAACUGUCGUGGAGAUUCUCCACUUCAUGUUGCAGCACACGGUGGGCAUCUAUCUACGGUGCGUUGUUUGGUUGAAAAGUUUAAGAAACUGAUUGGUGAAAAGAAUGCGGAAGGAAACACAGCGUUACACAUUGCCUUAGAAAAUCACCACAAAAAAGUGGCCAAGUUUUUAGUCGAACAAGAUGGAUUGAUCUCGCAUUCCCAAAAUAACAGCAAAAAGAUACCGUUGUGCAUGGCUGCGGAAGCUGGAAAUCUUGACCUUGUUCAAGUUAUGGUGGUCAUGACACCAGCUGACAGGACUUCUGUUUGGAAAGAGUCCAGUGGCUGCUCAAUUUUGCGUGCUGCUAUCGUGGGAAGGAAUAAUGACAUCUUGAAGACAUUAUUAAUCAAAAUUGAUCCUACUCUCAUCCAUGUGUCAAAAGACGGAGAGGAAGAGGGGGUGCCUCCUCUUGCACUUGCAGCAUAUAUAAGUAAUUUUGAUGCCGUACGCUGCUUGUUAGACAAAUACAGUAACGAUGCAUACAGGCAGGACACAAAUGGAUUCUUUCCGAUAUUUAUAGCGUCCCGAAACGGCAACAUCAAGAUAGUUCAAGAAUUCCUCAAUCAUUGCCCAGACUUGAAGGAGUUACAUGACAAGCAAGGCCGGAACAUUCUUCAUGUGGCAGCUGCGUAUGGACAAGCUAAGCUGGUUGAAUAUAUACUUGGAACGACCAAGCUUGAAAUGCUUCUCAACGAAAGAGAUAAUUUCGGAAACACCCCUCUACACAUAGCUGUUCAGAACUGGCAUCCUAGGAUUGUCAAAAUUCUGACCCGGGAUAAGAGAGUUCACCAAAAGAUUCUCAACAAUAAGGAAAUGACAGCAUUCGAUAUUGCAGAGAAGUCCGAGGUGCAUAAAGACAUGCUGUUUCGAUGGAAACUAACUUUUAUGGCCUUGAGAUUAGCUAAUGCUCCCCGAUCUGAGAUACAAAGAGUUGCAAAAGAAAGUGGAGCAAAUGAUUAUGGUGAGAAGACCAAGAAUAAUCCUGAUUAUCUACUAUUCUCAAGAGAAAAUAUGAAUACUCUCCUUAUAGUGUCGACACUGGUGGCUGCUAUAACUUUUGCCGCUGGGUUCACUGUGCCGGGUGGAUAUAAGAACUCUGGAACUGACGAAGGCAUGGCAACCUUGCGUAAUACAGCUCUAUUCCAAAUAUUCUUGAUAUGCAACACCAUUUCAAUGUACAGCUCUAUUACCGUUGCGAUUGCGCUUAUCUGGGCACAAGCAGGUGAUCUUAAAAUGAUUUGUGUUGCUGUGAGGACUAUACUACCCAUGUUAGGCCUAGCUCUUAUAAUGAUGUCCGUGGCAUUCCUAGCUGGUGUUGAUCUCGUAGCGAAUAACCUUACUUGCGGCUACGUUGUCGUGGCCCUAGGCGCGUUUUUCAUCGUCCAAGUAGUUGUGUUCAUUCUUCCACUCACAAUCCCACUUUCCUCCAAGAAUUUCAUUACACACUUCAUUUUACGUGGUAACCUUCGUUUGCUGAUGAUGGUAACUAGAUAUGAGGUUGAGAGUGGUUGAUAAGGAUGGAAGCAGUCCUAACGAUGGUGGUUUGUGUGGUACUUGGCAACAUCCAGAUUUUCUUGAUAUGCAGCCAGCAGAAGAGCUUGUUUGAUACAUUAAUUUAUUGAACAGAGCGUCUUGAUCGAUACGAGUUAUAUGCAUUUUGCCUUGGUUCAACAAACUACCUCGGAGCUAAAUAAGGAGGUUGCUGAUUCUCAGGAAAAUGCCUUUGUGUUUUUUUUUUUUUUUCAAUAAGGGUGAUAGUUUGUAUACUUUUUUUUGUUUUUUUGGGUGUGGGGGAAGGGUUGGUCCAUAGAGAAGUAUAAUUAUCCAUUGCUUGUCGUAGUCCACAAAACAUUUAUUUUAUCCAUUGCUUGUCGUAGUCCACAAAAGUGACAAAACAUU